UAUAUAAAAUAAAUAGAUUCUCUUUAAUAAUAAGAAAAUCAAUUUAUGAUAGAAAAUUUUUUCAUGAUACUUGAUGAAAUUCUAAAAACAAAACCCAAAAAAGAAGACGGCGGUAUUGUAUUGAGAGCAAUUGAUUCUCAAGUUGGAGUCUAAUAUUAACCACCACUUUUAGAAUGUAAUAAUUUAUUUUUUAUUUUAUAAAAACUAAUUUUUCUCUAAUAUUAAUAUAUUAGUAAUGCUGAUACAUCUAUUGUUUAAAAUAAAUUUAUCUAAUAUUUAACCAUUUUCAACUGCUCUUUCUUUCGUUACAAUUGAUGCCCAAGCUGAAAUUUGAUCCUUAGCUCAGCCUGCCAAACAAAUAUGUCACGUCAGUUUUGUUUUCUAACUAAAAUCUUGCGCACGUGCGGCCUAGCUUGCUUGAAUUCAACACGGCCGUGUGUGUUGUGUAGCCUUUCCUGCCUAGCUGCGAGGCGGGCCGUGACAAAUAGCACUGGGAGUUCUUUUGAUUUCUGAACCCGUCACCUUCUCGACUGUAAUUGCAAUCAUGAGAUUAGACUAAAAGCAGAAAACUGUAAUUCUUACAGAUUCCAAUCUCAUAGGAUUUCAAUUGAGAUUGGGAAUCCAAAUUUCUUGUUCCAAUUUCAUUUCCAAUUAACAGCAACUCAACUUGUUAAAAAAAAUAAAAGGAAAGGAAAAGAACAGCAGUUUAAACUCAACCUCCAUAACUUAAAACAUAAAAAGCAAAGACACAGAGUAGAGGAUAUCAUCAAGUAACAGAGAAAUGGCAGACCGUUACUUCCCAAAUGAGAUGCAACGCUACAUACCAGAACCUACUGCAACAACAUCAACAACAGCAAUUGACAAAGCAGCAGUUGUUGAAGCAGCAAACAAUAAAGAUUCAAUAACAGGCCUGCUUUCUCUUCCUUACAACACCCUUUGUGACACCCUCAAAAGAUCGGCCUUUGAACUUAGAGAUAUGGUGGUGAAGGAAACAUGGGGAUUGAGUGGAAAACGUGUUCAAGAUUAUACUGUUUAUACAGGAGUUCUAGGGACUGCUUAUCUGCUUUUUAAAGCUUAUCAAGUUACCAAGAAUGAGAAUGAUCUUAACUUGAGUUCUCAGAUUGUCAAGGCUUGUGAUUCUGCUUCUAUUGAUUCUGGGCGCGUGACAUUUAUAUGUGGACGUGCUGGCGUUUAUGCUCUUGGUGCUGUCAUUGCAAAGCAUGCUGGUGAUGAAAGGCUAUUAGAUCACUACUUGACGCGGUUUAAAGAGAUCAAAUUUCCUAGUGAUUUGCCAAAUGAGCUAUUAAAUGGGAGGGCAGGAUUUCUAUGGGCCUGUUCAUUCCUCAACAAGCAUAUUGAUAAAGAAAUUAUAUCUGCUGGACGCCAAAGAGCAGUUGUGAACGAAAUAAUUAAGGCUGGGAGAAAAUUGGCACACAGGGAGAGAUAUCCAUUGAUGUAUGAAUGGCAUGGGAAAAAAUAUUGGGGCGCUGCCCAUGGACUGGCUGGUAUCAUGCAUGUUUUGAUGAACAUGGAACUGAGACCGGACGAAACAGAGGAUGUCAAGCGUACAUUACGCUACAUGAUUAACAACCGUUUCCGCAGUGGCAAUUAUCCUUCUAGUGAAGGAAAUGAAUCAGAUCGCCUAGUGCAUUGGUGUCAUGGUGCACCUGGAGUUGCUCUUACCCUUGUGAAAGCAGCUGAGGUUUUUGGAGAUCAGGAGUUUCUGCAAGCAGCUAUGGAAGCAGCAGAGGUGGUUUGGAACCGGGGUCUCCUGAAGCGAGUCGGCCUAUGUCAUGGCAUCAGUGGGAACACAUAUGUUUUUCUGUCGCUAUACCAAUUAACAGGCAAUAUGGAAUACUUAUACAGAGCUAAAGCGUUUGCUUGCUUUAUUCAUGAUAGAGCACAAAAACUUAUAUCAGAGGGGAAGAUGCAUGGAGGUGAUCGGCCCUAUUCCCUAUUUGAAGGUGUUGGAGGAAUGGCUUACCUUUUUUUUGAUAUGAUUGAACCAUCAGAAGCCAGGUUUCCUGCUUAUGAACUCUAAACUGUGAUGUAAUAGCUAAGAGUAAGUAGAUAUGUCAAGAAGAGUUAAGGGUAUUGAUGCGACUUGUAAAUAUUUGCUUUGUUUGUAAUCUGGCUCUGAAAUUCUGAAUCACUUAGCUGGUACCAAAGUAUUGUUGAGAUUGGCAACAUCAGUUUUUUUUUUUUCUUUUUUUUUUUUUUAAAUGUUUGUAACCAAUAUUUGUUGUAGCCAAGAUAUGCAGAUAUGCAGAUGGUUCUUUCUUAUCGAUCA